AUGAGCAACGAACGUAAGCGCCGUCGGGCUGAUCCACCCGCUCGCGAAGCGCCGAGCGUCGACGUCGACGACGACGUCUCCCCGGGCGACGUCCUUCGCCUCGUUUCAGCGCGGUUCGACGAGCUCGAAGAAAAGCUCGAACGCGUCAGGGAGGAGCACGUGGAGACGCGGGCGGAGCUCACGGCGACGCGGAGGACGCCCGCCGAGCUCAUUGAUAUCGUCAAAUCCGUGAACCCGACGUUCGACGUCAACGAGCAGCUCGCGAGCGUGGUGUUCUCGCACGUGACGGACGUCUGCACGCGUGUCGCCCUUUCCCUGGUGAACUCCGUGUGGCGCAAGGCGUCGAAAGUCGCGUCUUCGCAGCCGCUGACUCUCCGCUUCAACAUUGAGAUGCUGGAGUGGUAUAAGAAGGGAGCACUGCAUGGCAACACUGAGUGUGAGAUGAUUGUAGGGUGCGUCUACUACCACGGCGUCCUCGUGAAGAAAGACAUCGACACGGCUUCGCAAUACUUCGAGAAGGUAGCCGCGAAGGGUGACGCCGUCGCACAAAACAGUGUAGGUUGUUGUCUCUUCGAGAAGGGGCGAUACGACGAGUCGUUCAAAUGGUUCACUAAAGCGGCCGCUCAGGGGAUCAUUUCCGCGGAUUGUAACCUCGGAAUCGCCUACGAACACGGCUGCGGCGUGACGAAAGACAUCCCAAAGGCCCUUGAGAUGUACACGAAAGCCGCGGAGAAGGGCGACGAUCUCGCGGCAAAAUUCCUCCGCAAACUCACCAAAUAA